AUGAAGGCAGAGUGGACGUCGAGCAAGGAACACUUGUUGGUGGAGUACUUUCAAGUUUACAUUUCGCAGUUGAAGGACAUUCAGAAUUUCUACUCCAAUAUAGAUUGGGAAGCAGUGACUAAGCUCGUUGGAGUCGACGAUUUGGAGUUUUUGCAGCUACGAGUGGAUGAAAUAUUUGAUGCAAAAGUGCUUGUGUACGAGGAAGAAUCCGGGGUGGUUUCGGUGCGAUUACCACUGUGGAGUACGGAUGGUAUGGCCUGCUUUGACAAGGAAGUAGCUCGUCUAGUGGACGAAGUUGAACUACAGGGGUUUAAGCAAAAGCCUCGCAACAGCGGGAUUGAAGCAAGCCGAGCACAAGCUCGAGAUCGAGCUGGCAAUCCCGCUAGCAGUCCAGCUAGCGGCAAUCCAGCUCGCAUGCCCGAGUUAACUACUCAGCAGAGGAGACUAUCCUUGGAACUAAUGAAACCGCGUCCCAAGCUAUUUGGAUCCAACGGCGGACCUCAGAUGACGACUUCUGCAGCUGCCGGCACUACCAAUGUCAAUGUCAUGGCAAACGCCACCGCAAACGACUCGGCCAAAUUGAAAACACUAGAACGGAAACUACUAAACAAGGACCCACGAAGGCCUGGGGCCGAUUUGCGAACACGACUGAAACGUACUUCUGUCAUGGGAGAUAAUUUGCCCACAUACAUUUUAAACCAAUUGUCUAAGCCGCGCAUUGUGAUCAGCAACACGCCCAAGUUCCCCCUCCACCCGAUCCACAGAAACCCACUGCCGUCGCAUUCGAUUAAUGCCGAGAUUUCACGAAAGCUGACGCGGAUGCAGAACCUAUUGGCGAAUUCGCAGUCACUAUACGCUCGCCUGAAUGAAGCGCGUUCGAACGAAGUCGACUCGACAAAUGUUUCGGAAAUGGACUGGAGGAUCCGCUACGACACAGAGGAUGACGAAAAGGAGUAUAUCCUGCCCGACCUGUUGGCAAGGAUCUACGGCUUGCAGUUUGACGAUGACGAAGAGGAAAAUGAAGACGAGGAAGAAAAUGAUUUUGUGGACCUAGAGGAGAGCGGAGACCUUGAACAGCGAGAUGACGACGAAAAUGAUUAUCUAUUCAACGUUUAA